GCGCGACACCACACCGCACCGACGCCUCCGGGCAGCUCGCGCCGAGUGCCGCACCGACGCCGACAGCGACGCCGCCGCCGAGACGCCUCGCCGCCCCGCCCCGCCCCGCCGCCGCAGCCGCGCAGCAGUGACGUCAGCGACAGGGAGCAAGAUGGUCGUGAGCUUGUGCCGGCUUCUCCUCGCAGCUUUCCUCACCUGCAGCCUUGCCGGUGUUGACGGGCGCUGCAAGUUCGGGCUGGCGGAGUACGAGCUGGGCGAGCGCUGGUUCCCGCGGCUGGAGUCGCAGGGCACCGUCUUCUGCGUCACCUGCGGCUGCUACGAGGGCGGACGUAUGAACUGUUCAAGCCGAGCGUGCCCCGUAAACUGUUCCAAAGAAGAGAACGCCGACUGCUGCCGCAUAUGUUCAGAACACGAGCCGCAGACGGAGCCCGCGCCGCCGCAGCCGGCCCCGGGGGCGGAGGGAGAGCAGCAGCGGCCGGCGGGGGCGGAGGAGGGCGAGAUGGCGGCGGCGCCCAGCACCAUCGUGGGCCGCGACGGCGACGGCGACGGCGGCUGCGUGCACAACAAGCGCGCCUACCGCAACGGCGAGAGCUUCCCUUCCAACAGCACGGGCCUGCGCGUCGACCAGCCCAACCAGUGCGUGCAGUGCAAAUGCACCGAGGGAGUGGUGAUCUGCGAGACGCAGACGUGUCCGCCGCUGGACUGCAGCAGCCCCGUCAGCACGGCCAGCCACUGCUGCCCCGUCUGUCCCGGUCCCCUCAGCUAUAACCAGCAGUCAUCGUCCAUCACAUUUAGUGAUCCAUCGGCACCCAGCGGACGCAAAGACAGAAACUGCAUCUCCACUGGCAAGUAUUAUGUGGAUGGUUCCUCUUGGCAUCCUGUAAUUGGUCCUUUUGGUCCAAUGGAUUGUGUUCGAUGUCAUUGCCUCUCCGGUAGUAUUGAGUGUAGCCGCUUCAAGUGCCCGUCCAGAGAAGAACUGCCCUGUGAAAAGCCUGUGAAGCAAUUUGGACAAUGCUGUGCAUCAUGUCCUGUCCCAGCAAUGUCAGUAUUACGGCAAGGUGAUGUCUCAGAAGUGGGCUCAGCUCAGUGCCUGCCAAAGGGAAGUGAGCUGGCUGUCUACAGGGUACAGGGAACCAAGAAUCUUUCAAAUUUUAUCCAGUAUGCAUUUCAAGGUCUUGAGCCAAGUAAAUGUGAAGUGCAGCUGCAUUCCUGGGUUGUCAGAAAUGGUGCAGCAGAAAGUUUUGAAACUCAGACUGUUUCUGGUGGUGAAUUUACCAAGAUGAGACAAAAACUGAAGUUUAUUCCUUUGGGAGCAACAACUAUAAAGCACCUCAAUAAAUUCAGUCGGCGUGAAAAGAAACUCAAGAAACGAUGCACUAACAAUUGCAUUUCUAAAGUGCUGCGUCUUGAAGAUAGUUUCAACCUUGUGAAAGUGCAAUUCCGGAAGGCAUGUCAAGUAAAUGAACUACAACUGCGAUCUGUAUAAAGAAAUGGUUUUAAUUAAAAUAGUCAAAUUUUUUGCAGCAGUGGUGUCGAUUCUCAGAAAAUGAAAACACAACCAUUUUACAUUAUUUUCUUACAAUAUUUUCUAGUCAAUUAAUGAUAACUUACAUACGAGAAGUCAAAGCAGUUGUUUAGUCAUAUUUGUUAGUGUAUUAUCUGUAAGUUAGUUUGCAAAAUUUUAUAUUGUUCUCAUACUUGCAAAGUCAAGCAAAGGAAUGAUGACAGUACUCUGCUAAGUUAUAUCGGUACAUUCAUUAAUUGUGUACCAUGUGGCAGUAUCUGCUGAGGAAUAUAGAAAUGAGUUGUAUUUGCACUUAUUCAGUGACAUUCCUAUGAGAAUACAUUUGCUUAGCUACUACUGGCUCAUAAAACAAUGGAAACUUGUAUACAGUGUGUGUUUACACAGUUUGUGUAUGCAUGUCUUUAUCAUAAACUUUACUUUGUAGUACAUGUGUGUGUUUGUUAGUGAAUUAGUGUUCUUAACAAAACAACUUGUAUUGUUUCAUGAUCUCACUCAUAAUACAGAAAAAAAACAAUUCAAGAACUGCCAGUUGUGUGCAUAAAUAUGUAUGUGUGAAAUUUCUUGAAAAGAAAUAUAUAGUGUAGGUAUCAAUACCAAGGAUAGAUAGAUUAAAAGCCAUUUGUGUAUGUCAUUUGUUUUACACUUACAGAAACAUGGCUACUGAAAUAUGAAGUUUUGUAUUCAGGAUAAGCCUCUCAAUCUGUCUAUAUAAAUGUAAGACAUUGUUUGUAAAUUGUGUUGUUGUAUCAUGUUGUUAUUAUAUACAUUACCGAAGUGAAUGUAACUGAAUGAAAAGAAAUGUGCUUUGAUUUUAAAGUAAGUUUAUUUAUUAAGCAUGUGUGGAGUUGUGUAAUUCAGGGUAAUUCAUUAUACACCAUAAACCUUGAAGGGAUAUUGUAAAAUACAAUCCUUUAAGGAAUUUUAUAUUUAUCUUUUAAAUAAAGUUAUUUAUAAAU